AUGUUGCCAAUUCGCAAGUUGCGGCUCAUUCGACGAGACCCGACCACACAUCCCAAAUUUGAUGAUGCCGAAAUUCUCGCGAGAGGUGACAAUCGUGUGAGCCGCGAGUUGUUUCAAUGGGCCUCCAUUAUAUUCCCAAGUGCAAUGACCCUCCGACCCGUAUUCGUUGCUGAAUAUGGUCUGGUCUAUGUUGACGGCCACAGCGUGUGA